AUGCAAAUCAUUCCAAACCUGGAUGAAGAAUUAGACGUCUGUUUAUAUUAUAUUGAUUCAGAUUCGUCUGAGCAGGACAAUGCGUCAGAUUCUACAUAUAUUUCCGACACAAACAGUGGACAAGACAUUGAUGACUUAGACUUCUCAAUAUCAUUUAAAACUUAUGACAAAAACGAAACCAGUCUUUCCUUUAUUUCACCAGCCAAUACUAUCAAUACCCAAAAUAAAGUGUGGGAUUUGGAUGAAUAUGGGAAUGAUAAUAAUACGUAUAAUAAUGAGGAAGAUUUGGAUGGAUUAGGAAUCUCCAAAUCAUAUGACGUUUAUGACCUAAAUGAUAACAGCAAUAAUUUUUCGCAAGUCAAUGAUAAUAGUCAUAAUAAAGGCUAUUAUGCAAGAAAAACAUUGCGAAGACAUGCAAAGCGUUGUUUUUUUAACAAAUUAGAGAAAACUAUCAAAACACGUCAUCAUCAAUCAGAAGGUCAUACACUGAUGUCUACUCAUUUUGGAGUAAACGAUCCAUUACGGACAUCAGGAAUUUUGAAAACAUUAAAAGCUGAUGAAAUAUCAUUAGUGGCUAAAAAAGAUAAAACUAUUUGUGAGGUAGCACGAAAAUAUAUUAAAAGUCACAAAGAAAAGCAUCUUAUUUCAGUUGCAAGACGCAACAUGAGACGUUUAGCUCGUCUCGUAAUCGAAGCAAGAAAAAUAGAAAACAAUAAUUCACUUACUUUAGUAUCUUUACUGCACCCAUCAAAAUUCAAGGUAAUUGUUCAAGCCACAAAAAUCAUAUCAUGCUAUGACAAUAAAAAUUGUGUUUUUAAAUCACCAUCGCUGGCUAUGCAAAUGGGUACCUUAUUAAAGGCAGCAUUGGACACAGCUUAUUCGGUGAAACUUCAAGUUAACAUAGACUCAACAAAAUUAAGAAUUUUUGAUGUAAUGAAAAAGUUAAUAGAGAGAGAAUGGGCCACCGAAAUUUCCACGGAAGCUAAUCACAAUCUUAAUUUAAAUCUAUUCAACAAGCCGACGUUAAUGCCAGUGGCAGAGGACCUAUCAAAAAUGAAAAAGUAUUUCGACAAUUUGAUUUCUACCUCAAUAGAAAAAUUACAAGCAGAUAAUAAAAAUGAAUCAGCUUACAAAAUUUUGAAUGAAGUAACUUAUUGUAGCCUAUUGAUGUUUAAUAGAAGGAGAGUAGGCGAAUUGCAACGUAUUCCGCUAAAUAUAUAUAUUUCUAAUAAAAAUAAUAAGCCAUCUGGAGAAUUUGAGAGGUUAUUGUCUCCAAGUGAAAUAAUACUAAUAAAAAGGUUAAAGCGAAUCGUUAUCAAGGGAAAAAGGGGUAGAGGAGUACCAGUACUAUUUGAUACAUUAACGCAGAAAGGAAUUGAUAUCGCUAUAAAUCACAGACAUAAUUUUUUUUCGGAACCCAAUCUGUACUUGUUUGGGUUAUGUCAAACAGAUACUUGUAUUAGCGGAUAUCAUGUAUUCAGAAAACAUGUGUCAAUUGGUUUAGGCGACACCAGUAAAGUUGUUUCUCUAACAUCAACAAAACUUAGAAAACACUUGGCCACUAUUUCUCAAAUUUUAAAAAUGGGUCAGCAAGAUUUAGAACAAUUAGCCACCUUUAUGGGGCAUACAACUAAAACGCACAAUGAGUGGUAUAGAUUACCUUCUGAUGUGUAUCAGACAGCUAAAGUGGCUAAGCUAUAA